CUUCCUGAAAGACACUUGCACUGGAGCCGCGGAUGUCGCUGCAAAAAGCUGAAACAGUAAAGGCAAAAUCCUGAGAUUCCUGAAGAUCCUGUCAACUCCCACAUGGCAGUAAGCCACUCCCUUGAAGAUUAAACCAAGUACACUCAGCUCCAAAGCGUUGCCCUCGUAGAUGCCGCUCAGUCUCCGUCGUUGCAAAUGGCUUGCUGCUUGAAGGACGAGCUCCUCUGUUCCAUCUGCCUCAGCAUCUAUCAGGACCCCGUCAGCUUCGGCUGCGAGCACUACUUCUGCAGGAAGUGCAUCACCGAGCACUGGAGCAGGCAGGAGCAUCACGGAGCGCGGGAUUGCCCGGAGUGCCGGAGGACCUUCACUGACCCCCUCCUCUCACCGAGUCUCAAGUUGUCCAACAUUGUGGAGCGCUACUCGGCCUUCCCGCUGGACGCCAUCCUCAACGCUCAGAGGAGCUCCUACCCCUGCAAGGACCACGAGAAGGUCAAGCUCUUCUGCCUCACCGACAAAAGUCUGGUGUGCUUCUUCUGCGACGAGCCGGCCCUACACGAGCAGCACCAAGUAACCACUAUUGACGAGGCCUACGAGGAGAUACAGAGGGAGAUGAAGGAGCAGCUGGCCACCCUGCAGGACAGUGAGAAGGGACACACAGAGGCCCUACAGCUCCUGCAAAGACAACUUACUGAGACCAAGUCCUCAGCCAAGAGUCUCCGUGCAACCAUCGGCGACGCAUUUGAGCGACUUCACCGUUUCCUGCGCGAGCGUCAAAAGAGCAUGCUGGAAGAGCUGGAGAUGGACACGGCCCGCAAGCUGGCCGACAUCGAGCACAAGAUCCAGCGUUACAGCCAGCAGCUGCGUGAUGUCAAGGAGGGCAUCCAGAUCCUGCAGGAGCGCCUCAACGAGACGGGACGACACGACUUUCUGGAGGGAGUAGCUGUCACAUCUGAGAGGAUUAAAGGGAAGAUACAUGAGACCAAUCUGACGUAUGAAGAUUUCCCGACAUCCAAGUACAUGGGGCCAUUACAGUACACAAUAUGGAAGUCGCUAUUCCAGGAUAUCUCACCAGUGCCGGCAGCUUUGACCCUCGACCCCAUCACAGCCCACCAAAGACUGAUCCUCUCAGACGACUGCACAAUUGUAGCCUACGGGAAUCUUCAUCCGCAGCCCCUUCAGGACUCCCCGCGGCGCUUUGACGUGGAGGUGUCUGUUCUGGGCGCGGAGGGCUUCAUGUCAGGCGUCCACUACUGGGAGGUGAUGGUGUCGGAGAAGACCCAGUGGAUGAUCGGUGUGGCACACGAGACAGUCAGCCGCAAGGGCAGCAUCCAGAUCCAGCCCAGCCGUGGCUUCUACUGCAUCGUUAUGCACGACGGCAACCAGUACAGCGCCUGCACCGAGCCGUGGACCCGCCUCAACGUAAAGAGCAAGCUGGAGAAAGUGGGGGUGUACCUGGACUACCACAAAGGUCUGCUCAUCUUCUACAAUGCAGACGACAUGUCCUGGCUCUACACCUACCGGGAGAAAUUCCCCGCCAAGGUCUUUCCUUACUUCAGCCCGGGCCAGAGCCACGCCAACGGCAAGAACGUGCAGCCGUUGCGAAUCAACACUGUACGCCUUUAAGAGCUGCACACAUCUGUGUUCGCGAUUGUCCUGACAGACACAGGUCUUGCGUAGGUUUAAAAAAAUGUUCAAGAAAUCAAUUUAAAACAGUGUUUAAUAGGGUGUUUGAAAUGUUUAUUUCAGUUACAGUUCAGUUUAAAGUUGUGCUUGAUGUUGCUCUUCAAACCUGCGCUGUUAUUUUUGUGUGACUUGAAACGACUGUACGAUAAUGGCCUGCACUUGAGCCUCAUUCCACAUCCCAAAUUGAAAUGAUGACACUAAAUGGAGACAGAGGGACCCCCGGGCUCCUCUGGGGUCUGUUGGCAGUGAUGUAAAAAAAAAAAAAAAGUGAUUCCCGGGCCCACCUUGCACACUCCCAAGGGGCAACGUCGUUGUCUUUAUCAAGCUACAGGCUUGUCAGACUUGAUAUCUCCUCUCUGUCCAGGCAAGAGGACACUGAAGACUGGUCACUUGUCGUCUCUGUGCUGUACAGUUGGCUUAGCUUUGUGUGUGGAAUGUGAUCGACAGCACUCGGCUCUUUUUUUUCGGCUUUUGUUUGGCCCGCAGUCCACCUUGAACUUGUCAAGUCUGUUUGCACUUUUAACUUCUGUCUGAGACCAUGGUCUCGGUUCCUCCUGCAGCUCACAUCGGCCCUGUUUGCACCUCAUAAUUACAUCUGUCCUUUGUGAUCGGAUCACAAGUGGACAGCUCUAAGUGCACGUGUGAAUGCACCACACGCAUCCCCAGCAUGUCUUCAGAUCUGAUCGCUCACGCUGCAUUCUGGGGCAGUCUGGGCCAAAUGUGGCCGCCUACUCAGCUGACGUCCUUGCUUAUCGUGUACCUCAAAACUGUCUGUCAGUGCAGUUACACAGAUAAAGAGCUGAAGAGUCAUCUUCAGAGUCACUCUUUCCUGUUUUAUACUGUCCAUACUCUUCACCCAGCAAAGGGUCAGUUCAUCAUCUGUGCAGUGAGCACAAGCUUACAGCAGCAGCAGAUGUUACUGAAACAGCUCGACUCUUGAACCUGAUAAUAAUAGAUAGCUAGCAUUAGUCCCGUAAUGCUAAUAGUUAGCCCUGUCGCUAGGGCUGGGUAUCAGUAAUCAAUACGUUUAAGAUAUCAUCGGAAACAAAAAAACUUGGUACAAAGUGGUAUUAAAACAUCUCCAGUCAAAUGAUCGAUCCUUAAACAGCUUUUCGCAGGUGAAGAGCUCACUCAGCUGCAGCUUCAAUUUCUUUGGUCACCACACAUCAAAACCUAAAUUCAACAAUAUAUCAAUGUCUAACAACACUGGUGGCCAGCUGGGUAGUUUUAAAAGGAUAAAAUAAAGAGAUGUUGGGUCAGUUGAUCAGGUGCCAUAAAGUGAAUGUUGUUUCUCUCUUUCUCUCUCUCUCAAAUUCAAAUCCAAAGUUGCUUUGCAAAACAUAGUAUUGCCAAGUAUUACAUGUUUCACAAAUAUAAACAUUUUAACAUUACAUAAUGCUAUAUCAGUGAACUAUAAACAGUAGUAUAUUCUCUCUCUCUCUCCUGAUUGAAGCUAAUAACAGCCCAAGCUAUUACUGAAAAUUUUAUGUUUUUUGGGGAGUUUUUCCUUUGUCGAUGUGAGGGUCUAAGGACAGAGGGAUGUUGUCUGCUGUAAGGCCCUCUGACGCAAACUGUGAUUUGUGAUAAAGGGCUUCGUAAAUAAAAAUUGGCUUGAUUUGACUUGACCCCCUCUAACGAAUGAAGAACUCCAUUGAUAUCAGUAUCGCUUCAAAAGCAUUGGUAUCGUAGUUUUCUAAAUAUUACCUGGCAGGCUCUUCACGACUGUCCCCAGCAUGGAGCUCCCAGCACUCCCGCAGAUGUUGUCUUCUAGUUGCGCUCGUCUCAUUAUCAUUACAGAGAGAGAGAAAGAAAGAGAGACUUGCUAUUAACAAGAUCUACUCAUUUUAAAAGGUAAAUGCUGAAUGUGUGCACAGGGUUUCCCACACAUUCAUUGAUUUGUGGCACACUGGAACAAUGUACGCAUCCGCCACCACAUACCGAUAUAUAUUGUCCAGUGUCUCUCUCUCUCUUUCUCUCUCUCAAAUUCAAAUUCAAAUCAGCAUGGCAUGAAUGUUUGUCACAUUGUUGCCAAAGCAUAACAGAUUAUUUAAUUAUUACACACAUUACAGUAAUAUAUUUUAUUUUAUUUAUUUUCUCUCUCUCUCUCUCUCUCUCUUGCUGAAAGAGACAACUUUCUGGUGGAGCAGAAGACCACCAAGAGCAGUAAGAAUGAGACUUCACUUUUGAUGAUUUACAUAUUUUUUGUAUUGUCCAUCCUUUUUUCCAUCAUACUUUAGAUAAAAGCUGCUGCAUUCCCAUCAGAAACAUGCACACCGCAGGUCAGCGCAGGGUCUGACCUGUUUAACAGCAAGCAGAGCAAAGUUGGCUUUCACUCACCUCCGCAGCUGCUGCUCCUCUAAUCCAUUGAUCUAAUGUAACCAGCUUGAACAAUCCUACCAAAAGUUGAUUGUAAUGAAGACUUGAGUGUGAUUAUUAAAUAAUCUGUUCCUCAAUUAUCCACUCUGAGAUGCAAACUCAACAAACUGCUGCUGAAGUGAAACAAAAGAAAAGCUUUUUCUUGCACUGUGCUUACAGUCUUUGCUGAGCCCAAAUACCUAAAAUCUUUUUUUGGGGGGAAACAUCGGUUCUUAUAGCACAAUUAAUCUCCCGCUAUGUUAAAAACAACAAAGUAUUAUCAGAAGUGAUCACCCGAGACAUGUGUGGAGAUGCAUCCUAAUGCGAGGCGUGCACAGACAGCUGUCAGCUUGUGAUCGGUUCACCCAAGACGCUUGAUAAUACCAGGUGCAAACAGGCUCAUCCAUGUGUGUCUGCUCAGUCUUUAUCAUUGUUAGGAAAGCUUGUUCUGUGUGUGCCAGUGAUUAUCCACAUCACCUAAAACAAACUACAGGAAUCAAAAAGUAAUUCAUACGCUGCCGUCCGUAUCCACUGCCCAGUCCUACCCACAGUGUGGUGAUAAAGUCUGUCCGGAGGCGGAAGUUGUCCAGAAAUAUGCUGCUACUGAUGGAGUAAGGACUUGCAUGUUUGUAUAUAAAUUAUCACUGGUUAAAAGAAAUAAGUCGCUCAUUGUGCCGUUGGCUCGUGUUGAGGUUUCCACUCCAAAAUCACAAUCAGCAUACAUUAUACAUGUACCAGUGGGUGUUUUUUGUCCACUACAGUGUUGAAUUUGAGCACAUUUCUGCCCUCAGUCAUGUUUGAUCAUUUUAUCUUCAAAUCAAAAGAAUAUUAAAUCGUGCUGUUUGAGUAAAAGCUCCUCAGAUGAGAAAAUCUAAAAGGUUAAAGAUGAAUCAUUGCUCAAAAAGACACCAAGAAUUUGCUUUUAUUUGAAGUCGUAUCAUUUAUGUCCAUGAGGCCUAGCUGGAAAAUGGCAGUUAUCAAGGAAAAUGGUGAAUGGCGCUAAUUGUGCUAUUCCUAGGACUGGCAUUCUCAAGGCGGUUACAUCAUGACAAAAUCAUUGAUAAUUCCCCUGAGGCUCACCCAUGUUUAUUUCUUUGCCCCGCGUGCCUCAAGUGCUCUUGUUAAUCAUCAGUUGUACACAAGUCCUGCAGGAUCCGCUCUAAGAGGCUCUGGUCACUCAGCCAAGUCCAGCAUACUGAGAGAUGCGUCUGUGGGUGGGUGGGCAUGUGCUCGAGUGUGUUUGCGCGGCCUGGUUCAGCUAUAAUUUUAAAUCCAGCUUUGGUUGUGCUUGAUAAAGCCCAUCUGGCCCUCUGAGCACACCCAUGCAGCAGCCAGAAGUGAUUAUCGGGUAGAACUUUGGUAUAUCUACAGCAGCAAAACAACAAAAAAAAAACUUCCUUUGUCACUGUACAUCUUUGCAUUUGUGUGUGUGUGUGCGUGCGUGUGUGUGUAUAUGUGUGUGUGUGUUGUCUGUGUUGUCCAUGUAAAAGAAAAUUGGGGCAGUGCCCUUGUUUUUGUAGGAUGUUAUUCCGGUAUGUGCAGUAUGAUGCAAACUGGGGUCAAAUGGUGAGCAUCUGCAGAUUAUUUUUGGAAUUUGUUUUAACUCGUGCAGAUCCGCAGGAGCCUGUUUCAUGGAGAAACAAGGAGAGGAGACCUUUGUAGCUGAAUAAAACUAAAGACAAUCAGGAUAACACUCAUUUUACUUCUCUCUGAUGGAGACUGUAUUUAUUGUCCUUGAGGAGUAAACACCAACAAACGCUUAUAUUUAACCCCAGUUUGCUGUGCUGCUGACUUCAGUGGAGUCUGCUUCAUUACAGACUUUCAGUACGAAUAUUAAGAAGGAGAUUAUUGUAA